AUGGCUAAUACUAGACCGAAAAAAUAUCAAACUUUAACAGAGGUCUAUUUAACAUGGGCAAACUUCCAUUUGGCUAAUCGUGAUCUAAAGAUCAAAAAGAUCCAACAUGACUUUUGCGAUGGAAUUUUAUUAUGUCAUUUGAUUGAAUUGACAUCCAAUCAUCAAUUAUUGCAUAAAGUCCAGCAAUCACAAUCAGUCAUGUCUCAAAUUAAUAAUGUCGCUAUAUUAUUGGAGUUUAUGAAAAAUUGUGGAAUCAAAUUAACCACAAAACCUGAAGACAUUGUUAAAGGUGAUAUUAGAUCCAUUUUAAGCAUAUUAUGGGCAAUAUUUAUCCAUUUUGAUGUCCAUGGAAACGAUUCUACGACUUACUUACGCACAACAGCCCAGGCCAUGAAAAAAUUAACCAAGUGGUGUCGCGAUCAGUUAAAUAUAACGGAUAAAUUGGAUAUGAAGAGAACACCAUUCGUAAAAUGUUAUCAAGACGGGAAACUUUUAGCUGGAGUGAUUCAAAAAUAUUGUAAACUACCAUCGUCUACGGCCGAUUCUUAUGGUGGUUCGCCGAAUGAUAAAUUGCGCCAUUUUACCAGCGUAAUAGAAGCUGCUGAAAAUCAACUGGGGAUACCUAAUAAUUUAAUUCGACCCAGUGAUAUUCUCCAAGGAAAGGCUGACGAACAUAUCCUACUUAUUUUCUUAGCAUUGCUAAAACACCGGGUGGAAGAAGAUAACUUAACGAAGGAAAAACAAGUAAAAGACUCCAUAGCUGAAGGACGCAAUAAAUAUGAAAUAAAAACAAGAAAUAACUCAUCAUGGACGGAACUAAACCAUCUCACUAAGCCUCUACGUAAUCAACUAAAAACGACAUCAGCUCCAUCCAAAGUUAAAAUGAACGACAUUAAUAAAGAUGAAGUCACUAGUGAAGCUCUAAAGACUCUACAUCAGCGUAUUCACUUCUAUAAAGAUGCUCGACUUGAAACUUUUCAAAAAUCAAAUCAGGAUAGUCAUAGCAAGCCAUAUGGUGAGCGAACUCCAAUGUCAGAGCCAGCUCAAGCUGUAAAAUCAGCAGAUAAUAAUGAUGAUGAACAGGCUCUAGCUUCAAAGAUAAAUGGACAUGCUAAUCAACUUUCGCAGUAUCAAAAUAUGGCUGAUUCAAAAGUCGAUUCUUCCUAUCCUCUAUUGAAUCGAGUUGGACAGGAUGGCUCGAAUGAACCCAAUGGAACUUCUACAUUACAUGAUAGUCAUCAUGAUAGCCGUUAUUUAAUUGAAAAUGAAAGCCGAAAAGUCCAACAAGAAUUGGAAAAACUAGAGAAACAAUUGCAUGCCAGUAAGCAACGUUUUAAUCAACCAGAUAGCGUUACAGAAUUAUUAAUAUCAUCCCAAGAACUCGAUUUAGAAUUGAAUGAUCGUAUACAAAAUCAUCAACUUUAUGAGAAUAAUGUUGAAGUAAAACCGGUCGAUAAUCGACAACAUUUAGAAUCAACUGCUAUUAUAGAAAACAACACUUCCAUCGGCUACGAUAAACUUCAACCUCUAUCGACAUUAAAUCAAUAUCAUGGUAAAUUAGAAUUGCAACACCAAUUUGAUGAGCAACAGAUUGAAUUAAUCAAGGUAAAAAAAGAGAAAGAGGAUUGGAUUGCUAAGCAAUCGCAAUUAGAACAACGGAUACAACGAUUAAAUCAACAAUUAGGUAGUGAAAAAGAAAUUCAGUUGGAGUUGGGAAAACAAAAUAUCCUACUUAAAGAGAAAUUGAUUAAACUAGAAGAAAAUUUACAACGUUGUACGCAACAAAAUCGUCAAAAUCAAGACUUUGAAGUCGAUAAAAUACGCGAUGAAUGGGAAAUGAUGAAGAAAAAUAAAGACUUUUAUGAAGAUCAAAUUCAACGGUUAGUCCGUGAAAAUACGAUCUUACAGACAAAGUUGGACGAUUUCCAUGUUGUUAAGCAAGAAUUAAUGGAAGUUCAGCAAGAUUUUAAGGUAACUAUAACAGAUAAAAUGGCUAAAUUACAGCAAGAGAAUGAUCAAUUAAGGGAAGCAUUGCAUGAAGUAGAAAGUUUACGCCAUGAAGGGAUGCAAUUUAAGGUUCAAUUAAAUGAGAUAUUACAGGAAAAUAAUCAAUUACAUCAACAAUUAGAUAGUGCUGAACAAAUGCAAUCCUAUGUAUCGCAAAUUAAAGAUGAAUUAGAUCAGUUAGAAUUGGAGAACGGCCAAUUACACCGAAAGAAUCAACUUUUAUUCGAUCAUCAAAACGAUGGUGAAAACAACGUUGCUCCAAUACAAUCAUCAACAGUAGCGACUACAUUGGAUCCUAAUUUAAAUCAUCAAGAUUUGGAACCUACGGAUAGCCUCCCUUCAUCACCUGUAAAUCAUUCUCAUUUAGUUAACGGCCAAGGAAAUGAUGAUAAUCAUUUCAAUCAAACAUUGGAUACGGAUCUAUCUACCUUGUCAAGAGAAUCCACCAAGUUGAAAGAAAUUGAAAUUCGUCUCGAUGACUUAAGGCGAGAGAAUAAAUUAUUAUCCGGUAGUUUAAGAGAUACCGAAGUUGCAUUCCAUUCGUUAACCAACAGUUUUAAUAUGGAUGACCAAGCUCCUAGCAAUGCUAUAGGACCAUCAUCAACGACAACACAAGAUACUUAUCAAGCUGCAAACUUGCAUUUACCGAUGGUAGAAAAACAUGAUCCUGCUCCAUCAUCGAUCAUGACAGCGAAAAUAGAAGAGAGCGAAAUGAACUCCAUCACCAACGGAAAUGAUCCUGUUAGGACAACCCAUGUCGAAUAUUUCUCUAGCCAACAGUAUCAUCAUAAUCCAUUUAUAAGUAUCAAGAACGAUAAUCAUCAUCUUCAUAACCGAGAUAUCAGUCAUGCUAAUUUUAAUGAAGGUAAGAACACGCUUCCUGAUGGAAAAGGAAGUCUCAGCGAGAAAUCAGUAGAAUAUAAUUCUAAUCAAUAUGGGAAUCCAUUUUUAAACACACAUGCUAACGGCUAUCGUGAUAACCAAAGUCAUCAGGACGAUUCUAUAACGAAGAAUGAUCAUCUACUCAAUAUGGGUGAAAAUCAGGAGGCAAUAGCAACGAAUCCAACCUCUGUAGUCCAAUCGCAUGCCAAUUAUGAUUCUGGUCAUUUUUCAGCCAGUUAUAACGGCCAUAGGACGAAUACUAUUCAUGGAAAUCGAUCUCUAGGCAGAGAUAGAGAGGAUUAUAAUCAUCAACCUAAUAUGGAUGUCAUAAAACAGCCAACCAAUCAUUCUUUACCAUCGACUCUAAAUCAUGAAUAUCGAUUAGCUAAAAUGCCUGGAAAUGAUUUACAACCUGCUAAGAAUAAAUCUACCGUGAUAACAACAACGACGACAUCGAAUGGUAGUUUUGAUCGUGAAGAAGUAGCCAAACAACCAUUCCGAAUGGAGAUUAAAGUUCAGCAAGAGAAAUCUAAUGGCGAUGUCUACGGUGGAUCAUGCACUAGCUCCUUCAAUAACGAGAAUGUUAGCAGCCGCAUUAGCGUUUUUAGCGAGGAUAGUUAUAUGGAAUUUGCAACUACUACACGCAAUCAAGGUAAAGGCAUACCUGCUGGCCAUCAUCCUCGAAGCGCAAUACCCUCUCACCAGCCACAGCAAGGUCGUGAUAGAAAGUACAUGGAUAAUUACUAUAAUCAUGGUCAUGACAGCUUUGAUAGUAUCCUAACUGAUGCCAAACUCUAA